CCUUCACCUUUCAAACGGAUCUAAACCCCACAUGCAUUCGGUAGCCGUUUAGCAGUUAGCACAACUCUGUUGUAAAUAGUUAGCACGGUCUAAACUGGUAAAACGAUGGCGGAGAGCGACUGGGACACGGUGACGGUGCUGAGAAAGAAGGGACCGUCUUCAGCUCAAGCUAAAUCUAAAGAGGCCAUCACUGCUGCUCAGAGGCGUGGAGAAGAGGUGGAGACCACCAAGAAAUGGGCAGCGGGACAGAACAAGCAGCACCUGGUGACGAAGAACACAGCCAAACUGGACCGUGAGACAGAAGAGCUGCAACAUCAAAGAGUGUCGCUGGAAGUGGGCAAGGUCAUCCAGCAAGGUCGUCAAGAAAAGGAAAUGACCCAGAAAGACCUCGCUACUAAGAUUAACGAAAAGCCUCAGAUCAUUGCUGAUUAUGAAUGUGGAAAAGCGAUCCCCAGCAACCAGAUCAUGUGCAAGAUCGAGAGAGUCCUUGGAUUGAAGUUGCGUGGGAAAGAUAUUGGCCAGCCCCUGGAGCCCAAAACCAAGAAGAAAUGAGAACAAAGCCUCGAAAUCAGCCCUUCCCUACCCUGCAUCUCCCCUCAGAUCACCACACUACAGACCACACUGCUUCUCACACAGACUUAACUGCAUUACAGAAAUGUUCCUAAAAAGACCUUAAUGACAAAUAUUGACUUUUGCAAGACUUAAUAAAUACUGAAGAUUUUA